GGACUGAAGAGAGUCAUUGCACCUUCCUGAAGGUUACGACUUCUUUCUCACCUUGAAGAAUAAUCCUAGAGUGCUCACAAAAUGUGUGAUGCAUUUGUAGGUACCUGGAAACUUGUCUCCAGUGAAAACUUUGAUGAUUACAUGAAAGAAGUGGGAGUGGGCUUUGCCACCAGGAAGGUGGCUGGGAUGGCCAAACCCAACGUGAUCAUCACUGUGAAUGGGGAUAUGAUCACCAUUAGAUCAGAAAGUACUUUUAAAAAUACCGAGAUUGCCUUCAGAUUGGGCCAGGAAUUUGAUGAAGUCACUGCAGAUGACAGGAAAGUCAAGAGCACCAUAACCUUAGAUGGAGGCGCCCUGGUACAGGUGCAGAAGUGGGAUGGAAAGACAACUACCAUAAACAGAAAAAUAGUAGAUGAUAAGUUGGUGGUGGAAUGUAUCAUGAAAGGUGUCACGGCUACCAGAAUUUAUGAGAGAGCAUAAGCCAAAUUGUACAGAAGUUUGGAUCGAACUCUACAGCACUCUGUUGGAUGUAUUUUCCCGACAUAUGUUGUUAUUUUCCACUAAUUUGGAAGCAACUAAUUUUCCCCCAGACUGAUUUUGUUCAAUAUGCUUGUCGGUUAAAUAAAACUUUUUAGAUUUA